CUAUAGUCAGUCAGUCGUUGAUCACUGUUGAGAGCGGGCAGUUAUUGAAAGUCACGCGCGCGGCGACUCGCGCGCACAUUGCGAACGAAAUACGAUUUACGAAUUAUUAACUUGUGGUGUCCCACUGGGGAAUAUCUUGGGUCCAGUGUUUUUCGAUAAAAUAUCGAACAUUGUUUUGAUUUAUUUGUGUGUUUAUGUGCAAGUGUUACGUGGUCCAUUGUAACUAUUGAUGCUGACAUGCAUGAUAAAAAAUAUCGACACAAAAUGAUACCACACUCCGCCUGACAGCUGGGAAGUGACGAACAAGUGAUUGAACAGUGAACAGUGACUCUUGGACUGUCUACCUAUGUGCGAGAAAGUGUGUGCUAGUGGUAAAAUGACGAACAUUACUCCUGAGACCAGGAUCAUGAUGAUGAGGUCUAACGAUGGAAGAAACAGUUAUAGGAGACAGAUCUUGGCGGCUCUUGCCGUAUCACUGGGGCCAUUCGCGGCGGGGCUCAGCAAGGGCUACAUGUCCCCUGCGAUAGCUUCGAUGCAGGACACCAGGCCUCAUGAUGGAGGGUUCACCGUCAGCGACCAGCAAGCAAGCUGGAUCGCCAGUCUUAGUUUAUUGGGUGCCUUCAUCGGCGGCAUCAUGGGCGGGUUCGCGAUGCGCCUGGGCCGCCGCACCGUGCUGAUAGCCACCGCUCUGCCUUAUACCCUGGCGUGGCUCGCCACUGCACUGUCCACCAGUGUGCACAUGAUAUCCGCAGCCUCGUUCUGCGGGGGCAUGCUCAUCUGUUGUAUCAAUAUGACUACACAAGUUUACGUCACUGAAAUAGCAGUCCCCGAAAUCAGAGGUUGCCUCAGCUCUGUACUCAAGAUAUUAAGCCAGAUUGGGAUCCUGAUAUCUUUCUCCAUCGGCGCUUAUUUGAACUGGUACCAGCUCGCGCUCAUGGUCGCCGCAGCACCGAUACUUCUAUUCUUCGCUCUCUUCUUUAUCCCUGAAACUCCUUCUUCUCUUCUACUAAGAGGGAGGGAACAGGAAGCAGAAGAGUCUCUUCAAUGGCUCCGAGGACCAGAAGCAGAUAUACGGCAAGAACUAGCAACAAUACGAACGAAUAUUCUCGCCAGCAAACUAUUCAAUGAUGACAAUGCUGGGAAAUUCAAAGCUUUGCUUUCGAAACGAAUGACGAGGCCUGUUUUGAUAACAUGCGGACUGAUGUUCUUCCAAAGGUUUACUGGAGCGAACUUGUUCAACUUUUACGCGGUGAAAAUGUUUAAGAAGACUUUCAGAACGAUGAACCCUCACGGAGGUGCGAUAGCCACCAGCGUCGCUCAACUGUUAGCAUCAUGUCUAUCAGGAAUGUUGAUAGACAACGUGGGCCGACUCCCUCUACUGAUGAUAAGCGGAGUAAUGAUGUCCAUAGCCCUGGCUGGCUUCGGAUCAUACGCUUACUACGAGGAAGUUUUCAGAAAUUCAACAGAUUUAAUGCAGUCAGAACCGACGUACGAUUGGAUCCCUCUACUAUGCGUCUUAACAUUCACAAUCGCGUUUUCUUUGGGCAUCAGUCCAAUCUCUUCUCUGUUGAUUGGGGAACUAUUUCCUCUCGAAUACAGAAGUACUGGCAGUGCCCUGGCUACCAGUUUCAGCCAUCUUUGUGGGUUUGUCAACGUGAAGACAGCUACUGAUAUACAAGACUAUAUAGGUCUAUACGGUCUAUUUUGGAUGUACGCUGGUAUAUCAGUUCUAUGUCUUCUAUUUGUGGUGCUUUUCGUUCCAGAAACGAAAGGUCGUGAGAUUGACGAGAUGGAUCCAAAGUACGUCGAGUCUCUAUGUAUUAAUCGAUAGUCUCUGUUGUAAUUGCUGUUGUGGUUUGUUUUGUAGAAGACGAAGGUUGAGUGCAUAAUAGCAUUUGGUAGAGAAAUGUUAGUUUUCGCUAAUGGGACACUGUUUGCUAGUCACAAGAGGUGCAAUGGAACUACGUCGGUGUUGAGCAGGUCUCUUAGUGUAUCACGGAUGCGAUUGGUCGGUUAGGGCUCAACUUGAGCACGACUAAAGUCUUCGACCAGUAUUAAUGUUAGUAUUCUCUUCAAGUGCCUUUAUCUUAAAAAGUUCCUUUAUUUGAGAAAUUGCAUCGGGAACAUUUAAUUUUGGUUUGAUGAAAUUAUUCAAUUGUGCUACAACGUUACUUAUGGUGCUUUCGUGUUUAGAGGAAUAUUGUAAAUAGCUUGUUUUAUACCUGUAUCGAAAUCAUUCGACGCUUUUGUUGAAUCGUUAGUUAUGACUUGUACCAGAUAUUUGAAUAUAUCUCUUGUUUAUGAAAUAUGUAGUAUAUUGUUGUCAGUGUCGAAAUUAUUCUUGUUCACGUUUAUUGUCAAUGUGCUUCCAUAAUCUGAUGCAAUUUCGAAAUUAUCUGUUUUCAUGUUGGUGGCGUUUAUUCGGAUCUGAAUAUUCUCAUUUGUUUACUGUCUUUAUGAAAAUAGUGAUAUUUAUUGUAAAUAUAGGGUAGGUUAUAUAUUUUUGGGCUAUGUUAUGAGUAGACAAUGCAAUUUUUUGAGCUGUUUAAAAUGAAUUUAAGUAUUUCUUGGAAUACGAAAUAGGUGCUAAAUAUUGGUCAAUAUUUUAACAUUUGGCCAUGUUUUUACAACAAUAAACAUAUUUUGUGUAUUUUAUAUGUUUGCUCAUAACAUAGUCUCUUACAGUAGUGUGAUAUGAGUAUCAUAGCAUUGGUUGAUUUAGAUUUUCGAACUUCAAUGAAAAACUGUGCUAAUACUUCUAUCAAUAAGGUGCAUUUUUCUUUAACAAUAGAAUUUUCUAUAUUUUUUAAUCUAAAUUCAACCAAUGUUAUUAAACUCAUUGUAUUUGUACGGGUAUGGUAAAUAAUAAUGAGCAAAAGCUCACAAAUUGUAUUAAAUAAAAUAAUUUGAUACAAAUUAUACAAUAAAUUAAAGUAUAAAUUAUACAACAAAAACGUAAUAUACGUAAAAUUUAUUUGUUACACUUUUGUGUAAGUACAGUCAGUGCAUAUUAUAAAUAAAUGAAUAUUUAUGCAUAAAUUCUGAUAAAUAAAUAAAUAUAAAAAUAAAAUGUUUUAUAAAAUAAUGGUGCUAAAACCGGUGCCUUGCAUUUUUUUUAUGUGUUUUUCUUCGGAAAUAUUUUUUAAAUAUAAUUAAAAUUAAAUUAUGAAUAUAAAUAUUGUAUAUAGAAUCAGUAUUAUUAAGUUUUGUAAAUAGUUUAUAUUGUAUAGGUAUUUAUGUAGUAAGUAUUUGUGUUAUGUUAGAACACGUUGCCAUAAAAUGAAGCUAAUUUUAUUCAAAUGAUUGAUUUGUACUUAAAAAUCGAAUUUAAGUGUUUCAAUAAAAAUAUUUGUGACCAUUUA